UCCUCUCUCUCCUACUCUCUCUCCUCUCUCUCUCUCUCUCUAUAUAAAUGUAUAAAGAAUAUUCCUAACUACCAUUCUCAUACGCAUAUUAUUACAGAAAAAAAAAAGAAUGGCUGAGUCACCGAGUUCAGCCACCGCAACCUCGUCGGACUCAUCAUCCUCCGGGUGGGGCAAAAUCAACGGUGAGGAAAAAAUUGAGAAGAAGCGGAAAACAAGAGAGAGAGAGAGUGGAAAUAAGCAUCCUGUAUACAGAGGUGUGAGAAUGAGAAGCUGGGGGAAAUGGGUUUCUGAAAUCCGGCAGCCCCGGAAAAAGUCUCGCAUUUGGCUCGGAACCUACCCCCACGGCGGAGAUGGCGCGAGGGCCCACGACGUGGCGGCUCUGAGCAUCAAGGGUGACUCGGCGGUUCUCAACUUCCCCCAACUCAGCCACUCUCUGCCGCGGCCGGCGUCUCUCUCCCCCCAGGACGUCCAGGCUGCGGCGGCGAAGGCGGCGGCGAUGGAGGAACUCGCCGGUUUCAUCCCUUCUCCGGCGUCUUCGUCGGCGGCGGAUGUUUCUUCGUCUGAGGUGAAUGACGAGCUGGGGGAGAUAAUUCAGUUGCCGAGUUUGGAGGGGAGGUACGACGGCUCGACGGGGUCGGGUACCGAGUUGGCGGUGGUUGACUCGGCGGAGGGGUGGUUGCAACCGCCGUGGUGGGCGUCGGAUAGAGACUUCUGUGAGUAUUUUCUGGAACAAGUGGCCGGUGGCGGUGGCGGUGGGGGUUUGACUCCAUGCAGCUUCGAGACGCUGAAUUGGGCUUGCUGAAUUCAGGAGGUUGUACCUUGUGCUUUUUGUGCUUGUACUUUUUGAUUAUUGUAUAUAAGACCUUUAUUUUAUUAUUUUUUUUCUUUUUUUAAUUUUAAUUUUUAAUUUCAUGUGAUUUAGUUCGUCACAUGUCAAUAUUAAUGACGAGUGUAUACUUUUAAAAAACAAAUAAUUAUUGGUCAUGUAAUUUGGCUCCUUGCAA